UCUAUCUUGAGCUUUACAAGUUUAGGAUCAACAACAACAACCUUAAUGCAACACUAAUUCAUUCACACACCUCUUGUCUUGUCUUGUUUCUUCAAGUGUCUCACUUUGAGAUCAGCAUUUUGAGUGGCAGCACAUGUUGGAACUAAGAUUCAGCAGUGGUGUCCUUUUCCUGUGGCUUGUGUGUUGUGGUUUGGUGCCAAUGGUGAAAUCAGGCAUAGGGGUGAACUGGGGUACCAUAUCCUCCCACAGGCUGAAGCCAUCCACAGUGGUUGAUCUGCUGAGAGAGAACAAGAUCUCAAAAGUGAAGCUUUUUGAGGCAGACUCUGAUGUGCUGAGGGCUCUCAUGGGGAGUGGCAUUCAGGUAAUGGUUGGGAUCCCCAAUGAGAUGCUGCCCCUCUUGAGCUCCUCCACUGCUGCUGCUGAUUUGUGGGUCCGCCAGAAUGUCUCUGCCUAUGUGGGCAGAGGGGGUGCUGAUAUCAGGUUUGUUGCUGUUGGAAAUGAGCCCUUUCUUUCAAGUUAUAAUGGUCAAUUUGAGAACUUGGUCAUGCCUGCAAUACUCAAUAUACAACAGUCUUUAGUCAAAGCAAAUCUUGGUGGUUAUAUAAAACUAGUUGUCCCUUGCAAUGCAGAUGCCUAUCAGUCCUCAGCACUUCCCUCCCAAGGGGCAUUCCGGCCGGAACUGACCCAAAUCAUGACUCAGCUGGUUCAGUUCCUCAACUCAAAUGGUUCCCCAUUUGUUGUUAACAUCUACCCCUUUCUUAGCCUCUAUAACAAUGGAGAUUUUCCCCAAGAGUACGCAUUCUUCGAGGGGACUACUCAUGCUGUCCAAGAUGGUUCCAAUGUUUACACCAAUGCAUUUGAUGGAAACUAUGACACUUUAGUUGCAGCCCUUGUUAAACUUGGAUAUGGUCAGAUGCCUAUAGUUAUUGGCGAAAUUGGUUGGCCCUCAGAUGGAGCCGUUGGUGCAAAUAUCACUGCUGCUAAGGUUUUCAAUCAAGGCCUUAUCAAUCACAUUGCAAGUAACAAAGGGACCCCUUUGAGGCCAAAUGCUCCACCAAUGGAUGUUUAUAUUUUCAGUCUUCUUGACGAAGGAGCUAAGAGCACGCUUCCUGGAAACUUUGAAAGACACUGGGGGAUAUUCUCUUUUGAUGGACAGGCUAAGUAUCCAUUAAACCUUUUACUUGGAAACAAGGAGUUGAAAAAUGCAAGGAAUGUUGAGUAUCUUCCAUCUAGAUGGUGUGUGGCAAACCCCUCAAGUGAUUUGACCAAUGUAGUAAACCAUAUGAAACUAGCCUGUAGUGUUGCAGACUGCACUACUCUUAAUUAUGGAGGCUCAUGUAAUGAAAUUGGUGAGAAGGGUAACAUAUCAUAUGCUUUUAACAGCUAUUAUCAGCUACAAAUGCAAGAUUCGCAAAGCUGCGAUUUUGAUGGUCUUGGUAUGGUUACUUUCCUAGAUCCUUCGGUUGGCGAUUGUCGUUUUCUUGUAGGGGUUACAGAUAAAGGCUCAGAUUCAUCCACAUCUCAAACAACAUACCAGUGGUGGAUUCUAGUGUUAGUUAUGAUUUUACAUGGGACUUUUUGGCUUUCAAUGUGAUAUAGGUUUCAGAAGUGGGUUUUUCAUGGUCCCCUCUUCUGAGACUGUUAGAACUAGAAUAGCAGAUAUACUAUUUAGCCUAAGAAAUAUUCAAAAGAUUCAUGGUUCGUACCCCAGCAUAUGAUGAAGUCAUUGUAUCAUAUAAGAGAGAUUACAAACACUAUCACUGUGUAUUGAUUAUUAAACAUAUUUAUUUUAUAUUUGUUCGGGUGAUGCCUAUUUAAUUAAUUGAA